AUGUUAGACCAACUUUUUGGCACUAUUGAAAUUCAAUUUGUCCCUUUGCCGGUCCAGCAAGAAAUCAACUCCUUUUGCUUUACCCUACAUUUGGUGGAUCAUUCCCCAAACUACCCUUGGAAACCUUAUGAAAUAAUCCUCAAAGACUAGGUUAUUUCAGUCACUCAAACCAAACCCAAAGAAUAUUUCUAGAAAUAAUAAAAAGAAAAGUAGGCAAAAGCAAAGCUUUAAAAUUCCACAAAAACCCAUCAUUCUUUCCAGCUCAUUUUGAACCAGGAACCGCCUGUUUUCUUCUCUCUAUUUACAAAAGAAAUGGUUAAAACCAAGUUUCAAAUAUUCGUCUCUUUAUCUGCUCAACUGGGUGACAGUUCAAGUGAAAACAUUCCUUUCCUUAAUGGCUAAACGUCAGUAUGAAGUUUGGAAGGGCAAAAAUAUAUUUAUGUUUGGGGGGAGAUUGAUAUUCGGUCCAGAUGCUAGGUCACUGAUCAUUACCUUACUGCUUAUCAUUGUUCCUGUUAUUAUCUUUUGUACAAAUGUUGCAAGGAACCUCAUCGAUGAAAUUUCAGGAAAUAUUGCUGGCUAUGCAAUUCUAAUGGUGACAGUUGUUUUCACAACCUAUGUGUUACUGCUACUUCUUCUUACAUCCGCCCGAGAUCCUGGUAUUGUUCCUCGCAACUUACAUCCACUAACAGAAGAGAUAUGUUACGAUUCUUCAGCUUCAAUUGAUGUUGGGAGACAAACACCAACCCCACGAGUACACCCCACAAAAGUAGUUGUUGUCAAUGGUGUGCCAGUGAGGGUGAAAUAUUGUAGCACAUGCCUGUUGUAUCGUCCACCUCGUUGCUCACAUUGCUCUAUAUGUGAUAACUGCGUGGAGCGAUUUGACCACCAUUGUCCUUGGGUAGGCCAGUGCAUUGGAAUGCGCAACUACAAGUCAUUCUUUCUGUUCAUUUCUUCUUCAACUGUCCUCUGCAUCUUCAUCUUUGCAAUGUCUGCUUUGAACAUAAAAUUCCUCAUGGAUGACUAUGGAACAUUCUGGAAGGCAAUGAAAGAGUCACCACUUUCGGUGGUACUAAUGGUUUACUGCUUCAUUUUCCUUUGGUUUGUUGGAGGGCUUACCUGCUUCCACUUGUAUCUUAUCGGCACAAACCAGACCACAUAUGAGACAUUUCGGUAUGGAGGAGUUGAAAGGCCCCGUAUAUAUGACCGUGGCUGCUUGAAAAACUUCGAAGAAGUACUCUGUUCCAAGAUAAAGCCUUCAAGCAACAAUUUCCAUGCUUAUGUACAAGAAAAUGAAAGAGGUGAUUCAGAUGGAAACCGACGAGAAAAAGUAGAAGAUGACCGAGAAAUCGGUGGUAACCUUCUCAAGAUAUCCCAACGCCCUGAAGCUGACGAUGCUUAGACUUGGAGCACCAACCCAACAGGCAGUGUGCUUGUUACAAAUUUCUUCCAAGGCUGAGUUCCUUUGGCUGGAGUAAAGGUGCAGAGGGUUGACAAUUACAGAACACAAGUGGUGAUAGAAUUGGAGUCCAAAAGAUCAGCAAGUUAUCCUUGCCUAUAGAAUUUUGAAGGAAGAAACACUAGUAUAAUGAUUUUUUUUUUUUUGAAGCAAGUAUAGUGAUUGUUUUAUCGUAGUCCACAUUUGUUUAUAGAUACAAUGCGAACCCAAUUUAGUUUUAUAAACAUCCCUGAUUGAAUUAUGAAAUUUUCCCUUUCUGUUUUUAGUGUUUGAUAUUUGAAUUCGUUAAAUAUUGCUUAUUAAGAGUGACGACAGAAACUAAAAUGCAGGUACAAAAUAGGAUGCUUUACAAUAUAUUUUGUUUUGCCUCGUUUGAUACUGAAUCACACUGCUCUUGAAUCUUGAUGCUACUUAGGUAGCAUAAAAUUUGAAAUUUCACUCUUUUUUUUUUCUGUCUGGUUUGUUUCAUCUUAAGAUUUCAUUUAAUUUCUACGGUUAUUUGAGUCGGUGGGAGCCAAUUCUUUAUAGAGCUGGAGCUAAGAAGAUUAUAUGAGAAACAAAAUAAAGAUGGUCAGAUGAUAGCAAAUCCAAUGAAGCUGUAUGUUUUUCUUUUUAAUUUUCAGAGUAGAAGGCUUUCUAAUUGCCUCUACUUAAUCAUCUAAUUAGGCAAUUCAUGUGUUAUUGCAUUAAUAGGGUUUCUAGUGUGGAUAGCUAUUUUGAUUUGUAUUACUCCAAAAUCAUUGAUCUAAUUUAUGGAAAAGAACAAGCAUUUUACAGAAAACAAAACCUGAUGAAUCCAUAUAAUUUCCCCUUCUUGUCUCUUGUGCAUUCGUUAAAAUUAUGAAAAUUUGAGGAAUUAUCCUUCAAAAAGGGGAAAAUGCUAAGUGGUGGACACCUUUUGUCCAUCCGAUUUUGUGACGAGGAGACAUACAA